GUUGCAGCGAUGUGGCGGAUGCGGAUGCGGCUACUCACUGGCUACCUGGUCCUGCUGGCCCUCGGCCAUCUGCCGGAGCAUGGCGCUCUGGGCCAGAAGUACUACAUGAACUUUGCCUUCAACAACAAUAAUCCGGACGGCGAAGGAGGCACCGGCGCCGAUGGUGGCGCUCCUGGUGGUGGUGCCGGUGGUACCGGUGGUGCACCCAGUGACUCCCAUCAUUCACAAGAAGGUGACGGUGGUGCUGCGACGGAUAAUCCAAAUGACGACCACGCCACAUCUGCUGAUAAUAGUGGGGCUACCGAUGGCGAUGCCGAUGCCGAUGGUAAGAAAGAUGGUGAAGGCGGUGGCAGUGGAGGCGAUGGCAAAAGCGAUUCCAAAGACUCGAGCGGAGACAGUGCUGCCACGCCGGCGAAUGGUCAUGACGAUGAUAACGAUGACAGCGACAGCAAGGACGCCAAGGAUCGCCACUCGAAGGAGGAUGCCGCAGGGGAGGGGAAGCGCACCGAUCACAGCCACCACAGUAGCUACGAGAUCAGCAUCGAUGACAGCUUUGGCGGCCGGUACGUGCGCUCCAUCUACGAGAGCAGCGAGAGCCACGGACACUCCGGCAGCAAUGCCGGCUCCAAUCAGCGGGACAGCGGAGCCCGCGAUAGCAGCCAGGAGACCCAGACCGCCAAGGAAGUGGCCAGUGAAGCCCCGGCUCCACGGGCAGCUCGCGUCGCUGGCAACGUGCCGGAUGGGCCCGAGACUGGAGCCAAGGAGGAUGACUACGAGGAAAUGUAACACCACCGGGAGAUCUGACCUCAGGUUCGCACGAGGGACUUUGGAAGGACGCAGCCACUUCAAUUGAUUUUAUCAUUAAAAUGACAAUAAAACUUAAAUACCA